AAUACCUCGAGAUAACAGAUUGGUUGCCAUUAUGCGAUCAUCCUUUGUAUCAUGUCUGAGUACGUUGAUUGCGGUCCUCAUACUCGUCUCCCAGGCAGCGAGUGAACCCGUGCAAUACUGCCGAUUCGGCCAUGAGAAUGGCCCCGAUGCCUCCGUCGACUUUUGCGUAGGAAUUACGACAUACAAAAAUGUCUCUUCAAACGACUAUGACAUGUAUAUGACUAUGCAUGUCACUAAAAGUUCAGCGCAAGGGUGGAAUGCACUCGGGACAGGGUCCACGAUGGCAGGUGCGCUAAUGUUUAUUGUCUACGGCGAUCCUCUUUCUACUAGCCAUGAGGCCCCGACAGUGAGCGUCCGAACGGUUGACGGCUAUCAUGAACCCCAAGUCCUCACUCAAGCCGACACUGGAGGGGUGAACAUCCGUCUCCUACAGGCCCAUUGGGACCCUGUUAAUGUCACAGACGUUGAUGAUUCGCAUACCACCUCUUCAAACAUAGCCUCAGUCUUUACUGCGAAAGUAGCUCUUGUAUGCUAUUCUUGCGGGAAGUGGCCUGGUACUCCAAUAAGUGCAGAAGUUACUGCCCAGCCCUGGGUUUGGGCGUGGAAUGAUAAGCAGGAAUUUGACGACUACUCAGACAGCGCACAUCUAGAAGCGCACCAACACCCUGGAUCAAGUGGCGGCUGGGGUCGUUUCUACGUUGACAUGGCACGCUCCAUCACAUCCACGCCAUCGUUGCCUCCUAUCCGCCCUGGUAUCCCUGCACUUGGCGCCUCGGAUAUCCCCGGUGGGUGGGAUUGGAUGAAUCCGGCUGUUUACAUUCACGGAUUUCUCAUGAGUGCCGCCUUUAUAAUCUUCUUCCCGGCUGGUGUAAUUGCCAUACGGUCAGGGUCACCUAGGUCGUUCCGUUAUCAUUGGAUCCUACAGCUCCUCGCCUCGAUUUUCGUCUUGAUCGGCACAGCUAUAGGGCUUAUUCUAGCACAUAAGAUCGACACGGUUCAUUAUUAUAUCGGGAUUACUGUGGCAUUGUGCAGUGUUGUCCAAAUAGGACUAGGAUGGCGUCAUCAUGUUGUUUUCGUUCGUAUACAAACACGCCAGUGGGCCUCGCACGGCCAUAUAUGGCUCGGGCGUCUGUUUCUAUUGCUAGGCUGGGCAAACAUCAUUCUCGGAUUACUUCUAGCUGGUAACGGACGGUCCUUGGUUUCCCUUGCCGCCAGCUUAAUCUCUGUUGUUGCUUUGACCUUGAUAGGUUGGAUUUGGUUUGUUACACGCCAGCGUGAGCAGCGUGAGCGCCAACCCGGCUGGGGAGAAGAAGACCCUCUGUUCUCUGUACAGGCAACAAGGGACGACUAUCAGGCUGUGGCUAUGGAUGACGACGAUGAUAAUGAAUCCCAACCCCGUCACGAAGAUCCGGGAACCGUCAAGACGCGCAAUACCAAUGCGGAGUGAACAUAAUCCGUGUAUACAAAAUAUACCAUUUGGCACCUCCGUUGUCGGAUGGCUAUCUGCCCGAACCAAUAUCCUCAAAUCAGGCAACGGUAUUCACCAACCAAAGGCUCUAAACCAAUGAACUGGAAGCCUUUCUUUCCUUCCCCCUUUUUUUUUAUUUUUUUUCUUUUCGGGCAACCCCAACGAGUCGAUCGUUCUAAAUUACGUAUAAACACGGGGUGAUCAUUAUACUCGCUAAGAUGUGGACAUUAUCAAAACACAACUUUAUAAGAAUCUUUUGGUGUUUGAGCGAAAUCUGUGUUGUUAGCGGUCCUUGAAUAGCCUCGCCAGUGGGCUUUGCUGUUGAUACUUACUCUCGGUCAGAUUCCAAAUAUACAGAAAUGAAAUCAGGAUAUAACCCUAACUUAGACCAUGCCCGCACUGUACUGAAUGGUUGUGCCUAGAUUAAAUCCCAC